AUGAGCGUUCUGUCGGAGGCACAGCGCACUCGUGCGUCUCUGCAGUUCCUACUGCUGGAUCAGGACUCGGACGGCUUCAUCCGAAGUCAUGAGCUGGGGACCUACCUGCGUGCCAUCGGACUCUACCCGUCGCAGACUGACAUAGAGGGCUACAUAGCUCUCGUCGACCCGGAGGAACAAGGACGUGUGUCGCAAGCGAGUGCGCUGGAGCUGUAUGAAAAGCUCUACCCCCAACGCACCACCCCCGAGGAGCUCCACGCGGCACUCAAGGUCUUGGACGACGAUACAGACGGCUACCUUACUACGGCGCAGCUGCGACACAUUCUCGUCAACCUCGGCACUCGCCUCUCGCAGGAGGAGGCGGAGGAGAUACUGCACGAUGUGGAGAAGAAUGACGAGGGCAUGAUUAUCGUAGAUGACAUCAUUCAACUACUGAUGCCCACCGAGAGCGAGGAGCACCUGUGA